AUGAGUCAAAGUACGGGUCAGAAGCUUCUGAGGCUGAGACCUGGUCUGAGUCUCAGUCUUCGGAGUUGUCACUUAGUACAUAUCAUAUUAGUAAUGCUCUCAACAUUACUCGUUAAUGUAAAUGCUGAUUGGACACCAAACACAUUGUCCAACAUGGGAAAUAGAGCUAAUAGAUAUGGACAUUGUACAAUAGCAGUUCAAACGAGUCUAUUAUUCGAUCAGAACAAAAACAAUGAUAAAGUACUUGCUGUAGAUGAUUCAUCAUUUACCUCCAGCUCAUCUUCAUCAUACCCUGUCAACGACAGUGUAUGGAUAUAUGGUGGAGCCGAUCAAUACAGCAAUCAACUUAUUGAAGGAUUGUUCAUCUUAGAAGAUAUAAUCGAGGGCACAUAUCAGUGGUAUGAUCUGACGGGCAAUCAAGUUCCACAGGCACGCUGGGGCCACAGUUGUAAUAAGUUGAAUGAGACUACUAUAUUGGUGUAUGGAGGUAACCUUGAAGCAUCGACAUUGCCCAUCAACUUUGCUCAAUCACUAGAACUAGGCAAUGACCUUUGGCUCUACGACAUCACCAACAACACAUGGACAAAGUUGUCACAGGAUCAACAACUCAAUCAAUCAAACAUCACCGAUAUCAUCGUCAACGACACCGGCAACAGUACCAACAACACCAGCAACUCAACAACAUACUCAAUACCUGAACCAAGAGCAUUUCACGCGACUGCCACUAAUGGUAGUUACUUAUUCUUGUUUGGCGGAUUAUCAAACAGCAGCCAGACGUUGGGCGACUUUUGGAUAUACAACAUCCUGAAUCAUUCAUGGGUCAAUAUGACACGAGCCCAGGCACACUCGCUGACCGACGGCAGCGAGCUGUUCCCCUCGCCGCGCUUUGGCCACUCGGCCUGCAUGAUCAACGGCAAGUUUGUGAUCUUUGGCGGCUCGUCCUCGGUCAACAUGACCAGCAUCCUCGGCGAUCUCUGGAUGUUUGACCCAGUCGCCUCCAAAUGGACCUACCUCAACAACUUCCUGGGCCGCGCCUUCCACAGCAUGGCCAUCGACAGCAAMCACAAACGACAAGAUGUUCAUCUAUGGCGCGAUCACCUGGCCUACUUCUACUUUGCUGGCCGCAUGGUGGCCAAGUGCGUGUCGGAGGGCAUCCACCUCGACCACACAUUCACGCGCAUCGUCUACAAGCUCAUACUUGGUGAGCAGGCCACGCUGGAGGACCUGAUGCACGUCGACGCAGAGUUCUACAAGAGCUUGAACUGGAUACUCGAGAAUUCGAUCGAGGAUAUGGAGGAGGUCACUUUCAGCACGACGGUCGUGGCCAACAGCACGGGUGAGCCAAUCGUGGUCGACCUGAAGCCGGGCGGCCGCGACAUUGUCGUCACGGAGGACAACAAACAGGAGUUUGUCAAGCUGCUAGGCGAGUGGCGCAUCAAGCGCGACAUCACUGACCAGUCCUACCAGUUUGUGCUUGGCUUCCGCGAGAUCAUCCCCAUUGAGCUGAUCGACAAGUUCACUGAGUGCGAGUUGGAGCUGUUCAUGUGCGGCCUCACAGAGAUCGACAUCAACGAUUGGAAGACCAACACCGUGUACCGCGGCUACAACGCCAGCAGUCAGGUGGUCGAGUGGUUCUGGCAGGUGGUCGAAGAGAUGGAGAUGGAGGGUCGCGUCCGCCUGCUCCAGUUUGUCACUGGCAACACCAGACUGCCGCCCUCUGGUUUCCAAGGUCUGAUUGCCGCCGAUGGACCAACUCGAUUCCAAAUCCACAAGUCCUAUGCACUCGACAACAAUAUUCCAAUAGCAAGAACAUGCUUCAACAGACUGGAUCUUCCAAACUAUUCAACCAAGGAGAAUCUUCAGAGAGCGAUAUUCAUUGCGAUCCAUGAGGGACUUCCUGGAUUUGGAUUGGCC